AUGUCAGAUAUUGAUAAGAAAGAUUAUAAAGACGUUAAAUCAUGGUUAUUGAAAUCAAAUUGUCAACAUUAUUAUUCUAAAUUUGUUGAAAAUGGAAUCACUUUUGAUUUAAUUCCUGAAUUAGAUUCAAAUAGUUUAAAAGAGUUAGGUAUUUUAAAACUUGGUGAUCGAUUAAGAUUAGAGAUAUCAAUUGCGAAUUUAAAGAAAGAGAAACUAAUUAAUAUUGAAGAAAUAUAUAAGAAUUUAAACCUAACUAACGAGCUACUUUUGAAUCAUAACCAACUGAGUCAGAAUGUUGUUCAAAGUGGUGCCACUCCUGAAUUCACUACUGAAUUAGCUAAUAAUUCAAAUCAGUCACUUUCUCAAGCACUGAAUAAUACUCCCAAAGACAUAAAUAAAACAAUUACAUUUAUAUUACAAGAUGGAUCAAUUAAAAAGGUCAAUGUUACAGGUUGUUUUAAUGCCCAGGCUAUAAAACGUAAAAUAUUGAAAAAAUUAGGAUUCAAACCUCAUGAAACUUCACAAUUUGAUACAUAUAUUCAUAAUGAUCAAUAUGAUAAUAAUUAUCUAUUAGAACCUCAAAUUCAAUUAUUAUAUGAUGUUGAAUUAGUUACAAUUUGUUAUUCUCCUGAACGUUUAGAAAAACAUCGAAUUAUGUUAAUUCCCAAGAAUCAAACUCCGACAAAACAAGCAAUAGAAGCAAGUAGAAAAAUAAUGAAUAAAUAUUUCAAACAUCAUCAAAAUAUAAAUCCAAAUAUUGUUAAAUCAAAUAUGAGAAAUUUUUUUGGUCAACGACCACCAAGUGAAUUAAUAUCAUCAAAUUUGGCAGAAUAUUUCCCCGAAACUAAACAAAAAGAUUUAGAGCAGACGGUUAGGAAUUCAGUGAGGUAUAGUGUUCAAUUGAAAAAUCUUCCAAAAAAUCUAUUACCUCCAAAUUUACCAACUAGAGUUUCCAUGAUGAGUAAUUCCACUGGAUUUAGAUCACAAAGAAGUAUUUCAUCAUUAAAAAAUUUGAAAACUAUUGGUGAUGUUAUGGUCAAUAGUAUUAAUGCAAUUGAUGAAGCCAUGAAUUCAAAUGAUACAAUAUCAAUCUUAAACAAACCGUUACCAGACAAUCGAUCAAUCAAUUCUAAAAGAUCAACAUUGAACAGAAUAUCAAUAGCUACGAAUGAAAACAAUCCAAUAAAUCAUAGAAAAUCAACCAUUGAAUUAAUAAAUUUCUCCGAUGAUGAAGAAGAAGCAGAGUAUGAUUUAAAUCAUUAUUAUGAUGAUGAAGGAUCGUUCUUCUCAUCUCACUCAAAUUCAACUGAAUUAUCAAAUACCGUUCCUGACAAUUGGUUAAAAGGAACCAAAAUAGGUUCUGGAUCUUUUGGGACAGUUUAUCUUGGUAUGAAUCCUUUCACUGGUGAAUUAAUGGCAGUUAAACAAAUAAACCUCAUUGGAGAUGAAACAGAUUUUUCAAAAUAUGAAGAACAACAACGAGAAAUGCAAUUAUUAAAAGAAUUAAAUCAUGAAAAUAUAGUAAGAUAUUUUGGAUCAUCAACAAACGAAACUCAUCUCAACAUAUUCUUGGAAUAUGUUCCCGGUGGUUCUGUUCAAUCCAUGUUGAAUUCAUAUGGACCGUUUGAAGAACCGUUAAUCAGGAAUUUUAUAAGACAGGUCCUAAUUGGAUUGAAUUAUUUACAUAAUGAAGAUAUCAUACAUCGAGACAUAAAAGGAGCAAACAUAUUAAUAGACAUAAAAGGGACUGUAAAAAUAGGAGAUUUUGGAAUUUCCAAAAAGAUUUCAAAUUUAAUUGAAGAUGAAGAAAAUUUCAAGAAGACAGGUAAACGUGAACAGUUACAGGGUUCAAUUUAUUGGAUGAGUCCAGAAGUCAUUAAAAAGAGCAUAUAUACUAAAAAAGCAGAUAUUUGGUCUGUUGGAUGUUUAAUUAUUGAAAUGUUUACUGGAAAUCAUCCAUUCCCUGAUUUGAGUCAAAUGCAGGCAUUAUUCAAAAUUGGUAAUCAUAUUGUUCCUAAUGUUCCUGAAUGGUGUACUUUUGAAGCUAAAGAGUUUUUAUUAAAGACUUUUGAUAUUGAUUUUGAGAGAAGACCUGAAGCUGUUGAUUUAUUAUCUGAUCAAUUUUUGAACCCUUUGAUUAUGUCAAAACAGUGA